CACAAUGGGCUCAUGCACAUCAAGGCCAAGCAGCAGACCGAGUUCUCAUAAGUACUCCCAUAGGUCCAGGAAACGAAUUGGAAAGAGUCCGUAUCCACUACCUGAAUUUUCUGUGAGUAAUUUUGUUCAGGUUGAAACUGCUGGAAAAAGACGGCGAAAAUCAGUUAUUUCAAAUUUGAAAUUCCAUCUAACUCAGUUGCAAUGGCAUCACACUCAAAUGGAUAUUCAUGGAAUAUGUCAGGAGGCAUGGUUUGACUCUGCCAGCAUAAUUGAGUCUGACAGUGAUGACGAAUUUAUCAGCGUUGAUGGAGGUAACACACCAACUGAAAAAAAGGAGGCUGAGAUGUUGCAAUAUGAAAAUGUUUCACGAGUUGUUGAUGCACUGCGCAAGUUGGAUGAUCGUAGUGGUACUCCAAUGACAUUGGCUGUGGAAGAAUAUCUGAAAAGAGAAGGUAAAAUAGAGAGAAUAUCCUGCAAAGAUGAUGAAAAAGAUGACAAUUGUGCAACUAUCAGACCAUUACAUCAUGAAUUUACUGCUGAUAGUGUCAGUAAGAUGUCAAACGCAGAAGUUUCUACAUGGAAGAAAGGACUUUUAGUAAAUUCUUAUGGUAGCUUUAAAGGUUUGAAAGAAAUACAUGAUACCGAAGAACAAUCAAUUGUGAACAAGAUGCAGUCCCAUUUGAGCAGAUUAGUUUCUUCAUUGAGUUUUAACGAUAAGAUCUAUCAAAUGAGUACUCUUAGUCCAUCACAGCAAACAAGAAAAUCAACUGUUAUCAGGCUUUCUUACUGCAAGAGGGCGUCUUGCGAAGGAGAAGCAACUACAGAGUUCUGUUCAGCUAAGAAAUUCUUAGUUCGUCCAAAAGGAGGGUUAGUGAUUCCAAGAUCCCCAGGGGAGAAGCCAACUGCAGGAUGCUGGUCCUUUCUUGAUCCAUCAACUUUUGAACUUCGUGGAGAAAGCUACUUCAGGGAUAAGAAAAAAUAUCCUGCUCCAAACUAUGCACCAUAUUAUCCAAUCGGUGUUGACCUGUUCAUGUGCCCAAGCAAAGUAAAUCAUAUUGCUCAACAUAUUGAACUUCCCCAAGUCAAGACACAUGCAAAACUUCCUUCACUUUUGAUCGUUAAUAUCCAGAUGCCUACAUAUCCUGCUGCAAUGUUUCUUGGUGAUAGUGAUGGGGAGGGGAUGAGCUUAGUAUUAUAUUUUCAAAUUUCUGAAUGUUUUGAUAAAGAAGUUUCUGAUAAUUUCCAGAAUUUAGUAAGGAAAUUUAUUGAUGAUGAAAUGGAAAGGACCAAAGGGUUUGCAAUGGAAACCACCAUUCCAUUUAGAGAGAGGUUGAAAAUCCUUGGUGGGUUGGUUAACCCAGAGGAUCUUAGUUUGAGUUCCACAGAAAGGAAGCUAAUACAAGGCUACAAUUUUAAGCCUGUACUUUCACGCCCUCAACACAGUUUUUAUCAGGGUGAAAAUUACUUCGAGAUUGACCUUGAUAUACAUCGGUUCAGCUACAUAUCAAGAAAGGGACUAGAAGCAUUUAGAGAACGUCUGAAGGAUGGAAUACUUGAUCUGGGUUUGACAAUUCAGGCUCAGAAGGUAGAUGAACUCCCCGAGCAGGUCCUCUGCUGCGUGAGGCUGAAUAAGAUCGACUUUGUCAAUCAUGGGCAAAUUCCAAGCAUCGUUGCCCUCGACAAUUGAUGUGGAUCAACAGUGAACAAGUAGCCGUGUUGAAUGUGAUUCGCUUAUUACUUUAUUGAUUUCUUUCUCCAGCAAUUUACCCCAUUUUGUGUU